AGUGGUUCCCCGAUCCUCGUCGGCCUUUGGUCCUUGGGUUCUCACUGAGGGAAGAAAGAAAGAUCCUCCUGCCGAGAGAACUAGUCCACUACGUGUCUUCCUCGCCGAUUCGCUAUUCACGCUCGUGUGAGGAUGUCUACUGUUCAGUGGCUGUAAUCAGUUCUGAGGUGUUGAUACUCGAGGUUCAUUCCAUUGUCCAUACAUUGUUGAGGAACAGGUUACAGAUUCCCUCUCCUCAAAGUGCACUCACUCACCAUACUUAAGAUAGCCGUGCUUCGUUCUCUGAGUAAUUCGUCUUUAUGGCAAUUGUGAUUGGAGGCAAGAAAACCUGUCCAGGUUCAGCAGACUUGGUGGAUAAUUAGGUCUUGGAAGAUGCUCCAGUUGAUCCCAUCCGGAUCGAGGCAAGAAAUUGAACGAAAUUAAGUUGGAAAUCCCAGGCUGCUUCAAACGGAAUCCAUGAAACCAGACAAGGACCGGCUCUAACCCGGGGAUUGUGUUGCCCUCUUGGGAAAUCACCAUUAGCCACAAGCGGAAACUCGACCAUUCAUCCCUUUUUUUGAAUGACCUCCAAAAUGCGACGAGCCUCCAUUGAGGCCAUCGAGCGAAUGGUCAAAGACGUCUCCGCCACGGAGGCUGAGGCUACCAGGGAUCGGCGGUUGUCUCUUACAAUGAUGAACUGCAUUUGGGCACGACACACGGAUGCGGAGACGGUGGAGCCAGUACAAGGAGAAAUCACAGGUUCUGUUCCCAGUUGGCUCAAGGGGACUUUGUACCGGGUAGGCCCAGGGAUUAUACAAGUGGGAGAUUCCUGCUACAACCAUCCGUUUGACAUGCUAUCAGUUGUACAAAAAUAUACUGUUGGCCCCGAUCCAGAAGACGUAACAUACCGCAACAAAAUAAUCGAUUCAAAGUACAGAGACCAAGCACAAUUGGGCGGUCCAAUCACUGUUCAAACCGACCCAUUUCGAACGAAACUUCAAAGAUUUACCUCGAUGUUCCACAAUCGAAGACGUUCCUCUUUGACAAAGAACGGUUUGGGCGGACUUUUGGGAGCAGGAGGAAGUCCAGGAGGAUCGGGAAUUUGUGACAACUGUAUCGACAACAUUUGCUUCUUUGGUCAUGAUAUGUAUAUCAUGUCUGACAUCCCGCAUAUGUUGAAGAUCCAACCAGACUCUCUGGAAACAUUGGGACAGGUGGAUCUGGAAGAAAUCCUGCCUAUCAAAGUGGCCUCGGCUCACCCUCAAAUAGACGAGGACGGAACUGUCUGGAAUAUUGGAACAAAUUUUGAUGCCAAAAAAGGUUAUUCAUAUGUGAUCCUAAAAUUUGACAAAUCCAACCCCGAGUGGUCAGGAACCAUGACCCUAGAAAAUGGGAAAGUGUUGGCCGAAAUACCCGCUCGCCACAAACAUGCUCCAUCAUAUUUCCAUUCGUUUGGCGUUACUCGAGAUUUCAUCGUUUUCAUUGAACAGCCCUUGUUCGUCCAAGAUGAGAACCGCAACGGGUGCGGAGGGGAGAGCGGUUCCCUCCAUAACAGCUUGAAGUGGCGAAAAACAGAAAUGGUGUAUUUCUACUUGAUGCUAAAAUCCACGGGUGAGAUCCUGCCAGUUGUUUACUCCUCGGAGCCAUUCUUCUUCUUUCACGUGAUCAACGCAUUUCAACCCGAUGAAAAAUACGUCUUCCUUGACAUUGUUGCCUACAAAGAUGCAGACAUUAUAAGUGAUCUUAAAUUCUCUCACAUCGAAAGAACAGAUCACGUUCCAACGGCCACGCCCAUUCGAGUCAAGCUUCCACUUCAUGCCUCAAUGUCUAACUGCAAGAUUGUUGUACGGAAGGAAUUGUUGGUGCCAGAGACCACAUUGGAGUUCCCCAGGAUUAACUACAAGUACAUGGGUCGACCAAACAAGUACUUCUACGCCCUUGGCAACGAAUACCUCCAUCCAAAUCGGAUCUUGAAAGUGGACACCACUUGUGGUGACAUUACAUCUUGGAAAGAUCCCGGCCAUUUCGUCUCCGAGCCGGUUUUUGUGGCUCGUCCAAACUCCACCAACGAAGACGACGGUGUUCUCCUGUUCACCUUAUUGAGUGCCUCGGCUUUGUGCACGGUUCAAUUGGUGAUUUUAGACGCCAGUGAUUUUGCUGAGGUGGCAAGGAUUUCGUUCCGAGCCAGUGGAACAGUCCCGGAAGGAUUCCAUGGAAUUUUUGUCCAAGAUUCCGAUGAGCACCAUCGAUAUUGAUUUGAUCAUUGCCCUUUAUUUGAAUGCAUUCUAUGUGUGAAAAUCUGUGAAAAACAAAGACAAUUCCCAUCCAAAAACUUACGCACAUUCUUCACAUGUAUUCUGACUCAAAAUUUAUUAUACCUUGCUUUGUCCAUUUUCCCUUACAAUCGAAUUGGUUCAAUAUAACAAAGAAGGCGCCCCUCA